GAAAACUGCAGUCCAUAAGUCGACGGAUCCGGAGGAUGUCUUUAGGUAUAUGAACAACAUCACCAUAAGGUGUAAUACGCCUAUAAUGGCUGGAGGAGUAAUCAUGAAAAACGAGCCCUAUAUAAAGAACGAGAAGUGGGUGUGUUUGGACAGGAGGUACAAGAUAGUGCCUGGAAACUGUACGAUCUACUCUUUUGGAAUCUCGUCGGACUGGUCCUUCGAUGACGACAUGGACCAACUCUUUAACUGCAAGGUUUACUGCUUCGACCACACUAUACAUCAAAGAGACCAUGAACGUUCAAGAAAUAUAAAAUUCUUUGCAACUGGAAUCUCAUCAGUGAAAAGAAACAAGGUUGACCGGUACAUCAACAUCCUCAGGAGGUUAGGCCACGAAAACACUACCAUUGACUAUCUAAAGAUGGACGUGGAAGGAGCAGAGCUACAGUUCUUUGAAGAUGUGUUCACCCGGACGCCUGAGGUGCUGAACAACAUUAAACAGAUCGGAAUGGAGGUUCACCCUGCGAGAAACAAGAAUUACAUGAGGCGCUACAUGAGGUAUUUCCAACUUUUAGAAUGUUUAGGCUUCAGACUGAUGUUCAGUCAAAUGAUAGACAUAAAUGCACUUCUGUACAAGAGCAAUGGCGAGCUUCGGUCAUGCUGUUAUGAACUGAUGUGGGCGCGAGACCAGGAAUGGUAGAGACUGAGAUGGCACUGAAGCAUAUGUGUGAUCUGCAAGGGAUUGUGAAGCCCUAAAAGAACUUGUGUCCAUUUGCAGGGCACCGCUCACUCCUGGGGAUACAUUUUUAUUCUAUGUUGUAACGAGGUCAUUUGGAAUAUAUUAGUUGGUCGGUGUGUGAAGAUUUCCACGGUCAUUUGUGCAUAUUCCAUCACCCUUCACAGUAAUAAGUUUGUGUAUUGGUGGUUUGCACUGGUUUAUAAUUUUGGUGUUUGUGCAUCCGUUCGAAUCCCGUGGUCGGCUACGUCACCAGCCUAGAGAACCGAGUCAGUAUACUCUGCAUUCAUAUUGUACUAUUUAUUACUUAAUAAAUGUGAAUAUGCGUA